AUGAAAUUCGGCGAGAAUCGUGAUUAUAUUCGUAUUACUACUGUGUUGAAUGCUCUAGAUGUCAAUCGCAAGUUAUUUUGUAAUUAUUUAAAGGAGUAUGCCAAUAAAAAGAGCCAAUGCCUGUAUGUAGAUUCACUUUUGUCAUAUUUGGAUGAGCUGUUAAUGGAAUCCAUUGCUGAUCUUCGUAAGAUUGAAGCUCCUGCUAGUGCCCGUUCCAACUCUCGUUCUCUGGACAAUCCUGACCUUAGGGACCAAUAUUUAAAUUGGAAAAACGAUUUGGUUCUCAGGAUUAUUGUUACGAAGAACCUGGUACUCUUUUCCUCCUGUUUAUUUUUACUUUUAGAAAAGACUGGACACUCUUGA